CAAGUGUUGAUAGAACGUUAGCCAUUCAGUGUUGGUGUAAUUCGGUGCUUUCUGGCUAGGUUUUAGAGACAAAGGUGUCGAACUAGCCGACUGUCUGCGCUGUAUCUGCUCGAUGGCACGCUUUCACGCCCUCUCGUUCGCGAUGAAACAGCAGGACCCCCAGGCAUUCGAGCGUAUCGUCAGCCAGCUCGAGGAAACGUACUACAGUGCGGCGCUAGAACCGUGGCACGGCCCGUUCAUGCAGCGGAUCGUGACCAUCUGCAAGGAAGCGCUGGAGAUCGAGUGCACGCAAAGUCCCGACCGAUACACGGCGAACUUUAGGCGCGACGCCCAGGCAUUCCUGAACAGCCCGAUCUACGGCAUGAUGGUGGAGCUAGCAAACACCCGCAACCGGUACGCGGUCAUCACGCACGGCGACUGUUGGCUGCCCAACUUCCUCUUCCGCCCGGACCAGGUGCGCAUGAUCGACUUCCAGAUGGUGCGGUGCGCCUCGCCCGUGCUCGAUCUCGUCCUGUUUGUGUACUGCUGUACCGAUCAGGCGCUACGGGACACACACUACGAUCAGUUGCUGAGCGCGUACUAUCACGCGUUCGCCGAACUGUUGGCCGAGCUCGGCACGGAUCCGCAGGCGACGUUUCCCGCCAGCGUGCUUGCGGGCGAGCUGCGACAGUUCGGCCGGUUCGGGUGCGGGAUUGCGGUCGAGUCGAUUCCGCUGGCCCAGCUGGACGAGUCGGAUGUGCCGGAUCUGGACCGCCUGGAGGGUACGGAACCGGUACCGCUCGAUCAAAUACUGACGGUCCGAAGCAUCGGGACGCAGUACGGCAGGCGCCGGCUGGUGGACGUGCUGCGCCACGCGUACGAUCGUGGCUAUUUAUGAAGCAAGUGCCCGCUGUGGUGCGUGAACACGCGCACAACAGCUGCGACUCAAUCUGGUGGUAGUUUUAUUUCUUCGAUUAUUUCUAAUUUACUUUAUUGAUGUUUUGCGUGAACUGUUCACAGUAGUUUGGGUUUUCUGAUCGGGUGACUGCCCGGUUGCAGUAGUUUAGCAAAUGGGUGUUUAUCAUCGGCAUCCGCUAUCAGUGAGCUUUGCGUAUUUGGGAGUUUUAGUUGCUUAGUCUUACGGUUUCUUGUUUUUGUUUUGUUUUAUCUUCUUUAGCUUCUCCUUUGUGUUCUACUUGUACCAACGCAACCCCUUCGUCAUUAGUCAUA